UCAACUAAGAGCAUUUUAAAUACUCCUUUGGAGAUUUAUAGCAAUAAGUUUGGAAGUUAAGCUCUAAAGAGUACAACUUGUAUUCUUUACUGCGUACAAAGUCGUGUUUAUCUGACGAAUAGGGUAAAAAGAGCAAUUGUUCUUUUUGUACGCUUUUUUAGCGUAGGCAUUCAUCUACUGACGCAUAAAGGAAUAUUUGCAUUUCUUUAAGAAUAUAAAGACCGGGCUUUAAAAGGACAUAGGGUCAUUUAAGCUACGACUAGUGCAGGGUUGUAGUACAUAUAUGAUAUAUUAGACACAUAGACGCGUAGAGACUAGAACAACUGAACUGUGAAGAAACGCUUUUAAUAAUGGAUUUGAAGAAAGUUACCUUACUAGGUGACUCGCCUACUUAUCUUCCUGAUGAAGAAGUCUUGUUCUUCCCUUGUUCAGAGAGUACGGUUUGGAACGGACUUACAUUUGCAACUCCUCCUUUGUCUCCAGUUGAUACAGCUUCAAGCGACAAGGAAGUCAUUACACACUUAUCAAGUAUUCGUGACGAGCUUCCUGACGAGCUGUUUUCAAACACGAGAGCAAAUAGCUACGGGAGAUCUGAGUCGCCGGCUAUUUUGAACGACAUUAUGUGGAAUGAGGCCAGUCAACGAGCUAAAAGACCCGACUCCGCUAUGGAUAUAGAUGUACGUUUCCAUCUUAAUUCAACUCCCAUAGCAUUUGAACAGCCGAUAGCCAACACAUUUGUGGAGAGUGAGGAGUUUUUUUCAUUCUCGUUACUUGAAUCACACGAAGACGAUGAUGGCAGUGAUAGACAUGACGAAAACAUCGCUUCAAGUCCAUUCCAAGACAUAUCCGAUUCAGAGGAAGAAAUAGAUGUUGUAACCAUACAGACAUGUUCUAAACAAGAAAGCAAGAAAUUAAUACGAGGGAAGUGUAUAUCUACUAAACAAGAUGACCCUGAACCUCUAGUAAAGAAUGUCGAAACUACCCAGCUAAAACCAAAAAUAAUAUCACAAAAAAGCAAAGACAAGAAAGAAGACAGUUCGACGUCAGACAGCGACUGCGAAAACACACGAAUCUCGCACAACGACUUGGAACGAAAGCGACGCAACGAGCUGCGAAAUCGUUUUAAUGCUCUGAGAGAAAGCGUUCCAUCUUUGAUGAACAACGAGAAAGCUGCAAAAAUAACAAUACUAAGGAAAGCAUACGAACUUGUCGCAGCUGCAGAGAAAGAAGAGAAAAGAUUGAUCAAAGAGAAAGUCCUUGAAAGACAAARAAAUGCUGAACUUCUGAGGAAAAUUGUCAAACUAACCAGAGCGAGUAAACGAAGAUAACGUAAGGCCACGCAGAACUGGACUUCCUUCUGAGUGCAGGGAGUGCAGGGAAAAAUUUUUAUGCAAACAAGUAAGCUGAAAAAAACUGACAAGCAACGUAUUUUACAGGAUUUACAUAUGAAUAAAACGUCAUCAGUAUUGCGACAUUGCAAAUAAUUUUCAAGUCAUAUGUAUAUAUAUAUAUAUAUAUAUAUAUUUAAUUGUAAAUAUUAUAUAGCCUGAGAAAGAAAAACUAAAAUUACGCCAUUCUAUGCAUAUGUUAGUCGCCAACUGCACAAGCUGAAAUUUCGUCAUCCUAARAAUAAUGAUUUUGCGACCAAUAUUAUCUUGAAAGUGGAAACACACAAAMUUACCCAUAAUCCUUAUCGGCCGCAGUUUUGUUAGCUUUCUUGGUUGCUAACUGAUAUAUGAAUGUCUGUUAGAUUUUUUCAAUGCAUUAUAAUAGAAUCCUAAGGGAUUUUUUUUGUCAAACUUAUACAUUGAUGAAGCUAUCAUAAUGGGCUUUAUAAAUAAGGGACAUGUAUAUACAUAUAAAA